AUGGGUAAAGAUUACUACGCUAUUCUCGGCGUCCCCAAAAAUGCAGACGACGAUGCCAUCAAAAAAGCAUAUCGUAAACAAGCGUUAAAGUGGCAUCCCGAUCGUAAUAAGGAUAAGGUUGAAGAAGCCAAUCAAAAGUUUCAAGAAGUGGGAGAAGCCUUUGAAGUAUUGAGUGACAAGAACAAACGCGCCAUUUAUGACCAAUAUGGUGAAGAAGGAUUGAAAGGAGGUGGACCACCGCCUGGUGCAGAUGCUGCUGGUGGUGGUUUUCCUGGAGGUGCAAGCUUUAGCGGAUUCCCUGGUGGCGGCGGUGGUGGACGUACUUAUACAUUUACAUCGGGUGGUCCCGGUGGUGGUGGUUUCAAACCAUUCCAUCCAUCUGAUGCUGAUGAUAUUUUCCGUCACUUUUUCGCGUCCUUUGGUGGUGCAGGUGGUGGUGGUAUGGGUGGUGGCAUGGAUGAUGAUGAUUUACGUGCUGGUGGUGGAAUGCCUGGUGGUGGAUUCUCUUUUGGUGGUGGUAUGCCACGUACAGCAAGAACCAGCGGACGACAAGGCUUUGCACGUGCAUCACCUCAACCACCACAAAAACCACCUGCUAUCAAACGGCCAUUACCGAUUUCUUUGGAAGACUUGUACAAAGGCACUACCAAACGUCUAAAAGUAACACGUAAGAUCCGUGAUGGAGCCACAGGUCGCGUCAUGAAUACGGAUAAGAUCCUCACAAUCAAUGUGAAACCUGGUUGGAAGGCUGGCACCAAGAUCCGCUUUCCCGGUGAAGGUGAUGAGUUGGAGAAUGGUCAAACGCAAGAUAUUGAAUUCAUUGUUGAGGAAAAACCACAUCCUGUAUUCAAGCGUGAUGGCGAUAAUUUGCGAAUGACCAUUCAAUUGACACUUGCAGAAGCAUUAUCAGGUUUCUCAAAAAAGAUAAAGACGCUGGAUGAUCGAACAUUGAGUGUAAGCAAUGCAAACACCAUUGUGCAACCUGGACAAGAAUCCCGUGUUCCCAAUGAAGGCAUGCCAAAUUCUAAAACUGGACGCAAGGGUGAUCUCAUUGUCAAGUAUGAAGUCAAGUUCCCUACCAAUCUUACACCCACUCAAAAGGAACGUAUCAAGGAGAUCUUACAAUAA